AUGAAUCCCGACGCUGCAGACCCCGCCACACCUCUGUCACGAGCGCCAUCUUCCCGUGGUGCUCGAUCUCAGCCCGACAACCUUAUGGCAUCACCUUCUUGUAAAUCCAUCUUCGGGAACUCCGACGCCGAAGCUCAAUUCGAGCCUUCAGGUACUGAAACUAUGCACGCCGCCAAUCAAAUUGUUUCUCCCACCCCAGUGGAUUAUCCGGUGAUCAUGGCCAAUGAGCAAGAUGUGUCUAUUUCUAGCCUCGCCUAUUUCUCUAACAGCAAAUUGACCGCGUUGUCGAGACGGAUCGGCAAUACCCAAGUUACAGAUUUAUUAGCCAAGAUUGAAGCAGCCGUUAAGUCGACUACACGAAGUCCCGUUGGAGCGAUUCCAUACCCCAACGACUUGGAAAAGGAGACUCGGUCUGUAUCCUUAUCCCAACAGAGUAGACUGGAUUAUCUUGAAUCCUAUUUUGAUCAAGUGCACCCGCUAUAUCCAUUCCUUGACCGCGCCUCUUUCGAGAAUAGAGCGCGCUCAUCCCGUGUUGGCGAUAUCCUAUCUACAGACCCUGCUUGGUGCGCCUUACACCAUGCUGUUCUCGCCCUUGGUAGUCUGUACCAUGAGUGCGGUAGCUUCAAUGCCUUCGCAGGAACUGCUUGGGAUAUUUUCCGGAUCUCUCUAGCUUUGCUUCCUAGACUUGUCUUUGGUCAGAGAAAUUUACUGACAGUCCAGGCGAUCACUGCCAUGGCUCUAUUUGGUACCACUUAUGCAGCCCUUCCUAUUGAGGGGAUCUUAAUUACUGAAGCAGCAAGGAUUGUGAGCUAUUUCCAAAUGAACAAGGCUGAGGCCUGUAAGGCCAACUCAGAGUUUCAGCGGACUGUUUGGGUCAUCUACUCGCUGGAGAGUGAGUAUUGUUUGAACACAGGCCGGUCAUCGACAAUACCGAACCACGACAUAUCGUGCCCUAUUCCCAAGACUAGCCUGCCGUUCUUGUCAGGCUUCGACUGGCUUCAGUGCAAGUCAAGACAUGCCCUGAUGGCCUCAGAUAUUUACCAGCGGCUAUUCUCAGUCAAGGCCAGGUCUCUUUCCCCAGAAUUACGUCAGCUAGAAGCGAAUCGUUGUUUAGAAGAACUGGAAGCUUGGAGACUGUCAGUUCCAGAAACCUUUCGUCCAGGGAUUCGAUUCCGGUCUUAUCAAUUAGGGCAGCCACAAGCAGUUUACGUGGCGGUUCAAAUUCAUUUCUCUUUCUACAACAUACGUAUUGCCCUUGCGCGAGUCUGUAUUCUUGCGUGGAUUCAAGAUCUCGAGGAGCAAAUGCGAUACAAGUUACUUCUCACCGAGUCUGCAAGAUCUAUCAUAGACCUGAUACACUUGAUAGAUCUUGAACCAUUCGUCUUGCCGUGGGUACAAUACAACAUGCCGCAGGCAGCAUUGUUUGUGUUGUUUGAUUUCAUUAUUGAACAUCCUUGUCAUGACGAAACAAGGAAGGACUUGUCCUACAUGCAAAUAGCGACAUCGUACUUCAUGCGGCUACAGUAUGCAACCGGAAACAAGGCCUUUGGCACGAUUCCGACCCAGUUCCUCCAGAUAGCUACCAGCUUUGUGGAAGAUACAUACCCCUCAAGCAUAAUCCAGCCAGGAGCUUCCGCAAAUCCACAAGAAUCGGAACUUUGGCAGAGUCGCGAUAGUGGCAUAGGGACGAGUGAUAUUAAGGAGUCACUUGGCUUUCAGUCCGAGACUCUGGAGCUUGAGCCGGAAUACCUACUACGAUCUACGCUCGGAGAUUCCGAGGACCGAGAGGCCCCGCAACUACGCCAAGAAGAGAACACGGCAGUUCCAGAUGCUCGCACUUACGAUGCUCGCACUUGCGACAACAUUUUACGGUUGCGGCUGAUUUAUAAAAGUGUUAAAAUGGCUCGUUCCGAUUUCAAAGGCUCGCCGUUGGUAUCAGUUACCCUGCAGAGUGUUGUUCUAGCAGCAACUUCCAAUUUGUUAGCACAGGUGCUGAUGGCAUAUCGUCUCGAUAAACCCAUCUCGGUAGAUUGGAUGCCCGUAUCGCAAUUCAUCGUAUGGACAGCUGUGUCUACGCCUCCGAAUUACCUAUGGCAGGAUUAUCUUGAGAACAAGUUCCCUGGCUAUGACACCAGGAAAAAGGAUGUCUCAAAGAGACACGGUAAAGCUGCCGAUGAUAAGCUCAACGUGCCCAACACACUUGCCAAGACCAUAUUGGACCAGACCAUUGGGGCAGUUGUCAACACCUUUUUAUUGUGUGUCUUUAUAAACUUGAUGAAAUCAGCGGUGGUUCCUUCAGUCUCUUCGGGGUAUAAAUUUGACUAUACGCGCAUUGACUGGUUAUUCAUCCUCAACAAGGCGCACGAGGAUUUCUAUCCUCUCCUCGUCGCGGGUUGGAAGCUGUGGCCGGCCGUUAGUUUGAUUAGCUUCAUCUUUCUCAGAACUGCUGAGGGGAGAAACCUAUUCGUCGCCUUGGCGGGUGUUGUCUGGGGAAUUUAUAUUAGCUGGCUUGGAGUGGAGUAG